UCCAGGUUGACAGCAGAGAGUUGUUGAAAGGACUGAAACGGAGAGUCGGUGUGGGACCAGCGAGCCUGUCACUGAGCUGUCCGACGGGAGGCGACUGAACCGGGAAACAUAUGAUCUGAGAAGGUGUUGUGUGUCCUCUGGUCAGCUGGAAUCAGGAUGCAGUUCUCAGUCAGACUGAGUUUCUUCCUGCUGGGCUUUGUUCUCAUCGCCGUGUUACCUGACACAGCAAAAGGCCAGGUCUCACCACCACGGAGAUUUCGUUUCAAAGUUUUGGGACAGAACAAGCUCGAGGUAUCAUGGAAAGAACCAAAAGGAAAUUUUGAAGGCUACAAGCUCCUUUACACCACACGUCCAGGUGAUCAACAGAAGGUGUUGGAAUUAGCAAAGCAGGAGACAAAGCUUGUCAUCAGAGAUUUUGACUCCUCAAAGGAGUACAACUUUAAGAUUGUCACUGUUAACAAGGGGAAGGAGAGUAAAGCUCUACAAGGAAACAUUAAAGCUCAGCGAUCAGGCUCUGAAACAGCUCAGACUCAAGGGGGGAAAAAAAGUGAUGUAACACGAGAAAACAACGAGAUCUCAGAAGCUGAAGAUGGAUUCACGUGCAAGACCCCUGCCAUUGCCGACAUCGUGAUUCUGGUGGACGGCUCCUGGAGUAUCGGUCGCAUUAACUUCAGGCUGGUUCGAGCCUUUCUGGAAAAGCUUGUUAAUGCGUUCUCUGUGGAAUUUGACAAGACAAGGAUUGGACUGGCUCAGUACAGUGGAGACCCCAGGAUCGAGUGGCAUCUGAAUGCUCACACUACCAAGGAGGCUGUAAUAGAGGCUGUGAAAAACCUGCCCUAUAAAGGAGGAAACACACUGACAGGUCUGGCUCUUACCUUUAUCUUGGAAAACAGUUUUAAAGCAGAAUCAGGCUCCCGGCCUGGUGUUCCAAAAAUAGGAAUCCUGAUCACUGAUGGGAAAUCCCAAGACGACGUUAUUCCUCCUGCGCAAAGCCUGAAGGAUGCUGGGAUAGAACUGUUUGCUAUCGGUGUGAAAAACGCAGAUGAAAACGAGCUGAAGGCCAUUGCCUCCCCUCCCGAGGAGACUCAUGUUUACAACGUGGCAGACUUCAGCGUGAUGAGUGACAUCGUGGAAGGUCUCACCACGACGGUUUGUGACCGCGUGGAUCAGCUCGACAAAAAAAUAAAAGGGGAAGGAGGCAAAGCUCCACCCGUUGCUGCCGUUGCGCCCCCUCGUGAUCUUGUGACAUCAGAGAUAACGGCUCGCAGUUUUCGAGUGACAUGGACUCAUGCACCGGGUCAAGUGGAGAAAUAUCGAGUGGUUUACUAUCCAGCCAGUGGAGGUCUGCCAGAAGAAAAGGUGGUCUCUGGGACAGAGAACAGCGUGGAGCUGACCUAUCUGAACUCCCUCACAGAGUACCAGGUGGCCGUUUUUGCCGUCUACCGCAGCACUGCCAGUGAGGCCCUGAGAGGAAGUGCCACAACAUUGGCGCUGCCCACAGUGAACGACCUGGAUUUGUUCGAUAUUACUCCCAGCACCAUGAGGGUUCGCUGGAAGAUCGCUGCUGGGGCCUCAGGUUACAUGAUCCUAUAUGCUCCCCUGACUGAGCAGGACGCUGCAGAUGAGAAGGAGGUUAAGGUGGACGCUUCUGUAAAUGAGGUGGAGCUGGAAGGGUUAACUCCAGCCACUGAAUACAUUGUGACAGUUUACGCCAUGUAUGGAGAGGAGGCAAGUGAUCCCAUGACCAGUCAGCAGACCACAUUACCACUGAUCCCGGCAAGGAAUCUUCGUUUUUCGGACGUGGACCACAGCUCUGCUCGCAUUACAUGGGAAUCCCCUUCCAGGUUGGUCCGAGGUUACCGCAUCAUGUACGUCAAGACCAGUGGAGUCCAAACUAAUGAGGUGGAUGUUGGUUCUGUGACGAGCUACUUGCUCCGAAACCUGACCUCCACGACUGAGUACACGGUCGGGGUUUUUGCAAUCUACAAAGAGGGCGAAGCUCCAGCUGUGACCGAAAGCUUCACCACACAGGUGGUCCCGGAUCCGCUGGAUCUGAAGAGCAGCGAUGUUUCCUCAGAUGGCUUCAGGGUAUAUUGGCAACACGCGGCCUCUGAUGUGGUGCUCUAUCGACUCAUCUGGACCCCAACCGAUGGGGGAGACAGUGAGGAGGUUAUGGUGAAUGGGAACACUAACACUUAUCUGAUUAAAGGACUAGAGCCUGCUUCAGAGUAUGAAGUCCUCCUGGCUGCUGUCUACGCCAAUGAGGUUGAAAGUGAUGAGGUGGUGCUGGUAGAAACCACUGCUAAGAGGACAACUACAGUUGCUACGACAACCACAACGACAUUAACUCCUCGUUAUGCGGUAAAGAAUCUGAGGAUCGAUGAAGAAACCACAUUUAGCAUGCGGGUGUCGUGGCAGGCUGUCGACUCCAGGAAUGUCCGUCAUUAUCGAUUGACCUACAUUAGUGCCAGGGGAGAUCGAGCAGAGGAGACGAGGACGGUGCCCUCGGGUCAAACCAGCCUGGUUCUGCAGCCUCUCCUUUCAGAUACAGAGUACAAAGUCACCAUCAUCCCUGUUUAUUCUGAUGGAGAUGGCCCACUAUCCUCCCAAAUGGGACGGACACUUCCUCUUUCUGCUCCUAAGAACCUGCGAGUCUCAGAAGAAUGGUACAACCGCUUCAGGAUCAGCUGGGACGUUCCACCUUCCCCCACUAUGGGGUACAGAGUCGUCUACCAGCCUCUUUCUGGCACUGGACAAGCUCUGGAGACCUUUGUGGGAGAGGAUGUAAACACCAUGCUUAUUCUCAACCUAUUGAGUGGGACAGAGUACAGUGUCAAGGUCAUAGCGUCCUACACCACAGGAUCCAGCGAGGCUCUCACAGGAAAGGCCCGGACCUUGUACCUGGGAGUGAACAAUCUGAGCACAUAUCAAGUGAGGAUGAGUAGUGUUUGUGCUCAGUGGGGGCCUCAUCGACAUGCCACUUCCUACAGACUAGUUAUUCAGUCUUUGACUGAAAGUCAGAAACAGGAGACGAAGCUCGGUGGAGGAGCCAGCAGACACUGCUUUAACAACCUGAAGCCCAACACUGAGUAUAAGAUCAGCGUCUACUCUCAGCUACAGGAUGGGACCGAAGGACCUGCAGUCACAGCAAAUGUGAAAACAUUACCGAUCCCAACAGCAGCACCAGUCAAGCCCCCAACCACCACCCCACCACCUACAAUUCCUGCUGCUAAGGAAGUUUGCAAGGCAGCCAAAGCAGACCUGGUCUUUUUAGUCGAUGGUUCCUGGAGUAUCGGCGAUGAGAACUUCCUGAAGAUCAUCCGUUUCCUGUACAGCACCGUUGGAGCUCUUGACCGCAUCGGCCCAGACGGCACACAGGUUGCUAUAGCCCAGUUCAGUGAUGACGCUCGGACUGAGUUCAAGUUGAACUCCUACAGUGACAAAGAGCGUCUGCUUGAUGCCAUCAACAGGAUCUCCUACAAAGGAGGAAACACUAAAACAGGUCGAGCCAUCCAGCAUGUGAAGGAAAACAUCUUCACUGCUGAGGGAGGAGUGAGAAGAGGGAUCCCCAACGUCCUUGUGGUUCUUACCGACGGUCGAUCACAGGAUGAUGUCAAUAAAGUUUCCAAAGAGAUGCAGAUGGCAGGUUACAUCGUAUUUGCUAUCGGCUUCGCUGACGCUGACUACGGAGAGCUGGUGAGCAUAGCCAGUAAACCGAGCGACAGGCACGUCUUCUUUGUCGACGACCUGGAUGCCUUUCAGAGGAUCGAGGAGAAGCUGGUGACCUUUGUCUGCGAGGCGGCCACCGCAACUUGUCCUUCAAUACCAAUGAGUGGCAGCACAAUGCCAGGUUUCCGUAUGAUGGAGCUGUUUGGACUGGUUGAAAACAAGUACAACAGCAUCUCUGGUGUUUCUAUGGUUCCUGGCACCUUCAAUGCAUUCCCCUGUUUCCAUCUGCACAGCAACGCUCUGAUGGAACAGCCAACCAGGUUUAUCCAUCCUGAGGGGCUUCCCUCUGACUACACCAUAACCCUGCUGUUUAGAGUUCUGCCCGAUACCCCAAAGGAGCCCUUUGCAAUCUGGGAGAUCUUAAAUAAGAACAACGAUCCGCAAACUGGGGUCAUCCUGGACAAUUCAGGGAAAACUCUGACAUUCUUCAACAAUGACUACAGAGGGGAAUUUCAGACUGUUACAUUUGAAGGUCCAGAGAUCCAGAAACUCUUCUUCGGGAGCUUCCACAAGCUGCACAUUGCAAUCAGCAAGACGAGCGCCAAGGUGUUCAUCGACUGCAAAAUGGUGACAGAGAAGUCGAUCAACGCUGCAGGAAACAUCAGCACAGAUGGGAUGGAAGUUCUGGGCAGGAUGGUUGGCUCUCGACAGAACCAGGACAACUCUGCACCGUUCCAGCUCCAGAACUUUGACAUUAUUUGCAGCACAUCAUGGGCCUCCAGAGACAAGUGCUGCGAACUUCCUGGUCUGAGGAAGGAAGCAGACUGCCCGGCCUUGCCCAAAGCCUGCACCUGCACACAAGAUAGCAAAGGUCUACCUGGUCCUCCCGGAGUACCAGGGGGGGCUGGGAUCAGAGGGGCCAGAGGGGAUCGAGGAGAGCCAGGCCCGGUGGGGCCUGCAGGUCCUGUUGGAGAUGUAGGUGUACCCGGACCUCAAGGACCCCCUGGACCUCAAGGACCAAGCGGUCGCUCCAUCAUCGGACCCCCAGGAUCCCCAGGAGAGCGAGGGCAGAAAGGAGAAGCAGGUCAACAAGGACAACAGGGAGUUCCUGGAAGACCUGGAGCUGUUGGAAGAGAAGGACCUCCAGGACCCAGAGGACUUCCAGGCAAAGACGGCCCACAGGGCAGACAAGGACCCCCAGGAAACAUGGGGACUCCAGGAGCUCCGGGAGCCCCUGGAAACACAGGCGCCCAAGGAAAACCGGGAACGCUGGGACCACCGGGUCCUCCAGGAAGCAAGGGAGAGAAAGGUGAACGGGGUGACCUCCAAUCAACAGCGUCGGUUCAGGACAUCGCCAGACAAGUCUGUGAGCAGCUGAUCCAAAGUCAUAUGUCUCGUUACAACUCUAUCCUGAACCAAGCUCCCAGCCAGCCCGUGUCCAUCCGCACAGUCCCUGGACCUCCAGGGGAACCGGGUCGGGUAGGUCCGCCAGGGCCUCCAGGAGAACAGGGACCAGCAGGAAGACCGGGCUUUCCUGGACAGAAUGGCCAGAAUGGAAACCCGGGAGAAAGAGGGCAACCAGGAGAAAAGGGGGAGAAGGGAUCUCCAGGGGUUGGUGUGCAAGGCCCCAGAGGACCUCCAGGACCUCCUGGACCCCAAGGUCAGGGCCGAACUGGCAACCAGGGUGCAACAGGGCGCCCUGGGAAUCCUGGAGCUCCUGGUCGGUCUGGAGUUCCUGGACCAGUUGGGCCUCCAGGGCCCCCAGGAUACUGUGACCCCAACUCUUGCGUGGGCUACAAUGUUGGAGAAGGUGAAGAAACCACUGACAUCCGCGGUAUCCCCUCAGUCCAACUCCCAUCUAGCGUCUUCCAAAACUACGGAGAGGUGGAAGAGGACGACCCGUACCGCUACUACCAGCCCAACUACCCCGCUCCCCAACCCGUGGCUCCCGAUGACCCCGCUCUGGCGUUCGAAGAUGCCGAGCCCAGUUCCCCCGACGUGUACCGUAGCACACGGAGCAUAAAGGUGGAAAAGGAGCAAGAUGGAUCCAAGAGAAGAAUAAAGAGAGGAAUGAAGAAUCUUCCUGGACUAACUAACUGAGGAGACAGAGGGCCGCCUGCUGUUUGUGAUUGGAAGGCUCUGAGCCAUUAUGAACUAAUCAACAAGUGCCUGAUGCAGGGGUUUCUAACUGACAUUAGAGAUGGAGCGGGAGGAGGGUGAGGUUAGGAAAAUAUAACUCAUCUAUGCUAUUGAAUUAACGUCAAGGAAACUGAGUUAUUUUGUUUUAUUCAUUUUGUGGAGGUCAGGAAAAGUGCUCAGAACGGUACUGAACUUUAGAUCUUAAUAUACCAAACUUUGUCAGUAUUCAAUUCAAUGAUUUGUUUUCUGGUUAUUAGUUGUUGUUUUUUUCCACCUGGUUGUUUAAGUGCCUCCUAGUGUUUUUUCUAGUACCUUGAUGGUAACGUAUCUUGUCUUUGAAGGUCUGUUUUGAUGCCAGGGGAAGUUUUGCUUCAGCCUCUCAUUUUUACCUUGGACCA